UGACAGCCAUGUGAUUUGGGUGGGACAGAAAAAAUGUCAUUUAUUUCACAGCUCUCACUCUUCAUUUAAACACAGUGAUACAGUGUUGCUUAUUUUUUGAGAACCAGCUACUUCUCACCAUUCUUAGUUUGCUGCCAUGACAUCAAAAGAGGAUGCUGCUGAGUUUGUGGAUAGACACAGGGCUGAGCUCAUCCAGAGGGUCCACAUGGUGAUGCCCAUAGCAGAUGAUCUGCUCAGAAGGGGCAUGAUCAAAUAUGAAAUGUUUGCUAAUAUUACAACUUCCAAGACCAACCAAGGCAAGAUGAGAGAGGUGUACAAAGCAUUGCAGUCAGGAGGGACACCACUUAAAGCAGCCUUCUACAGGAUUCUGCUGAAAAAUGAACGUGUUCUGGUCAUCAAUCUGGCUGCUGAGUUUGUGGAUAGACACAGGGCUGAGCUCAUCCAGAGGGUCCACAUGGUGAUGCCCAUAGCAGAUGAUCUGCUCAGAAGGGGCAUGAUCUAUCCUGAGGUGUACUCUAAUAUUCAAACUGCCAAUACCAGCCAGGACCAGAUGAGAGAGUUGUACAAAGCCGUACAGUCAGGAGGGCCAGAAGUUAAAUCAGCCUUCUACAGGAUUCUGCUGAAACAGGAACCUCAUCUGGUCAUCGAUCUGGAGGACGCUGUUGGAGAUGGAGAAGAUGGUUUGAACAUUGGAGAAUCUUCUUCAGAGAGCACUUCAUUGGAAGGUUAUGCUAUUUUAGGUCCUGCAUUACCUCCUGCCUCCAAUAUAUUGCCUGGGACUGGAAGAAAACCUGCUGCACUUGCAUCAGAUGAGGAAUCGGUUGGAAAGAUCACAUACUACACCAAUAACCAUCUUGGAAAAGGUGCCGAUGGAAUUGUGUUCAGCGGUUACUUCCUUUGUGAUGAUGCCAACAAGCGUCCUGCGGCAGUGAAGAGAAUUGAACUAGCAAAACAAAGCAGUGCUGAUCGAGAGGUCGCUUUGCUUCUUCAAUUGGACGACAAUCCCCAUGUCGUCCGGUACUUCUGCACUGAGAAGGACGGGCAAUUCCUAUACAUUGCCAUCGAGCUGUGUGCCGCCUCUUUAGAUAAGUGUUUUACUAAAGAAAAACCUUUUGACCUUCGUGGACUGAAACCAGUGAUGCUGCUGCAGCAGACCAUGAUAGGACUGGAACACCUGCACUCUCACAACAUAGUCCACCGUGAUGUGAAGCCCCACAACAUCCUGUUGAAAGACCACUCUGACUCAGUCACGGUCAAGAUCUCAGACUUUGGGAUGAGUAAGCAGUUGGCGGACGGCAGACAAAGCUACAGCAUGAGGUCGGGAGCCCUUGGCACCAUGGGCUGGAAUGCCCCAGAGGUCCUCGAUGACAGCAGGAAAGUAAACCCUACCAGUGCUGUGGACAUCUUCUCUGCCGGCUGUGUGUUUUACUAUGUGUUGACAGGAGGAGAACAUCCAUUUGGAAAACCCAAUAGGCGGGCUGGUAACAUCGAGGAUGGCAAAUACAACCUUGACAGAUUACAGAAAGAAAAACAUGGUUAG